AUGGCUGCAAACGCCAUAUCCCCUCCACCACUCACAACGUCAUCUUCAUCUGCAUCAUCAAAAAACCUCUUUUUUCCCAAAAAGAUUCCAUUUUUAUCGUCUUCAAGCUCCAAACUCCAGGGAGGUAAGAAAUUAUGCGGCAUAACGCUGGGGAAGAGAAUUUUAAUGGGUGCUCGGGGAUUUGGUGUGGUUAGAUGCAUGUCAUCUGGUGCACCCGCAGUUCUUCCCAAAGCCCUUUUGUUCGACUGCGACGGUGUAUUGGUCGAUACUGAGAAAGAUGGGCAUCGCAUUUCUUUCAACGACACUUUCGCUGAGAAAGAGCUGGGAGUCACAUGGGACAUUGAUUUGUAUGGUGAAUUGCUCAAGAUUGGGGGAGGAAAAGAAAGGAUGACGGCCUACUUUAACAAGGUGGGCUGGCCGGAAAAGGCACCAACAGGUGACCAAGAAAGAAAGGAAUUCAUAGCUUCACUGCACAAGCGAAAGACCGAACUUUUCAUGGUACUUAUCGAGAAAAAGUUGUUGCCUCUUAGACCAGGUGUGGCCAAGCUAAUAGAUCAAGCUUUAGAAAGUGGGGUCAAAGUUGCUGUGUGCAGCACGUCAAAUGAGAAGGCGGUCUCGGCUGUAGUUUCUUUCUUAUUAGGGCCUGAACGAGCAGAAAAGAUACAGAUAUUUGCUGGUGAUGUGGUUCCCAAGAAGAAGCCUGAUCCAUUGGUUAAUUUUUUGUUUGUUUUUUUCUUUUCGUUUUUGCUUUCUAGUUGUGUUGUUGUAGAAGACAGUGCAAUUGGCUUAGCGGCUGCAAAAUCUGCAGGCAUGAAGUGUAUAGUAACAAAGAGUGGGUACACGGGAGAUGAGGAUUUUGUAAACGCGGAUGCAGUUUUCGACUGCAUUGGAGACCCGCAUGAAGAAAGGUUCGACUUGGCUUUCUGUGGGAACCUUCUAGAGAAACAAUUUGUUAGUUAA